ACAGUCGUGCUCUCGUGGUCGGACCGCUUUCAAUAGGACCGCUCGGUGGUAGGACGGCCUAAAAGCGGGGAAAUUUGCCUUCGUAGUGGGACAAUUGGUACCAUGCCUCUGUAAUAGGACGAAGGGGAAGGUGAAGUUUUCACCUCCGUACUUGAAACUCACCACUAGUUCUAGAAACUUCCAACGACACGUCUUCAACAGAAAAACAUAUUUUUCCCUUUAAUUCACUAAUUAAGCCUUUUUAAAUUUAUCUAUUAAAUGUUUCUUUAAAAAUAAUUACGAAAGAAUCAAUUUUUGACGAAUUUAUUGAAAAAAAAAAAAUACGAACUAUUUUCAUGAAUAUUUAUUUGGUAUUUCAUAUAAAUGCGUAUGUGAAAUAGUUGGUAUUCCACAUAAGAAAAACAUCUUCAAAUGAAAUCUCUUCAAAAAAAAAAAAUUAAACUCGAACUUUAUUCAGGGACUUUUUAAACAAUAAUUUAUUUCCGGGUUCUUCGUCGUUUUUAAACAUUCGUCAUUUCUAAAAUAUAGUGGAAAACUUUUUCCAACAGCUAAAUAAUAGCCAAACAGAUAAACAUAACCUCAUUUUUUAAAAAUUUAGUGUGCAAAAAAAAUGAAAAUUACCGGAUAAACUGCAAUGAACGGUGUCCGGCGGGUUACCCUUUAUACUAUUAAAUAAUAUUCUAGUCGAAAAUUUGCAUAAUUCACAUUUUUUGUGACAUAAGAAAAAUUGAGUUUUUUUUUUUAUUUUAGUAUUUUACGGCCGCGAACCUCAUGUCCAUAGGGGCAAAAAAUUGAGGUUAUGUUCGGAGAAACCUUUUUUCUCGCGUAAAAUAUGGCUGCGUAAUUCGGCUGUAGAUUUACGAAAAGGAAAUUUUCAGUCAAGCAAAACAUAACCUCAAAAUAAAUUAAUUUUUUUCCAACCGAUAAUUCCUUUAAUUCCGAGUUAUUUUUACAACAAUUUAAGUAAGGUUAUGUUAGCAGGUAUAUUUUACAACCUAUUUGGUGUUAUACGCUAAAAAAUAUACCUAAUUUAGCUGAAAUUUUUUUAGGUUAUGAUGAAGCGAGAGAUGCCAAAAAUGUCAAAAGAUGUGCCUGUCUUGUCAAAUAAAAUGCAUCAGGAAGCUCCUAAGAUUCUUUAGAAACUUCCUGAUGCCAAGAUUUCACUGAUGAACAAUUUUCAGCAAACCCUUUGCAGUUACGGGAAGGACCUAUUUUUUGUGAAAAAUAAAAUUGGAAGUGUGAGAAUUUUGGCUAGGAAAAUAAUUAAGAGGGCGAAGGGCAUCCCUCCGGGGGGUUUUCAUAGCAUUUCAUCCCAUAAAUCGCACAGUUUUUGCACAUGAAAAUUUACUUUGAGGUUAUGUUUGGGGGGAGAGGGAAUUUUCCUCACAUUAAACGUGAGUGAGUAUAAUUUUGCGCCCUGAGAAAAUCUUCCACUUAACAUAACCUCAAUGCACAUUUUGUGACAAAAAACCGAAUUAUGCAAAUUUUCUUCAGGAAAAAGAAAUAAGAGCAAUUCAUUUUUCCCAUCAUUCUCACUUAUUUGCACAAAAAAAAAACAAUGUUUGAGGUUAUGUUAGCGCAAAAAAUACUCCGCUAAGUGUCAAAAAAUACGCUUCUCGCGAAGACGUCAACCAAAAUCCGCCUCCGUCUGUUUAAAGCCAUAGGAUAAAAAAUAACGAUUUUUAAUGUCCCUUAUAAUCUGGAAAUUUCCAGUCUUUCCUUCUCGCGGGAUAAGACUUAUUAAGUGGACAAACGAAAUGUUAAAAAAAUGAUGACAAAAAAAUCUUUUUUUUUUUCAAAUUCUUGAAAAAAAUGUCCAUAUUGCGACAAUCUCCCCUACACAAAACAAAAUUAUGGAAUUGCCAGAAUUGGACCAGUCUCCCCUAAAAAAACAGCUGACAAAAAUUUCACCACUUCACCUCAACUCGCCGCAACUUCAUUCUCUUCUCGUACUUUUUCAUAAAUUUUCUUCAUCAUCAUAAAAAAGAAGAAAAAAUCUGUUUUAAUUAGUUAAUUCGGCCUCAAAACAUUGUCUAAGUGUUAUUGUGAUAUGGUGAAGUGUAUUUGUGUAAGAGAAAUUAAUCAGGUUAGUCAGUUCAGUGAAAAAAAACAACGUGAAAAACGGACCGUCCUACCACGAAGCAAGAAGCCCAGUUUUCUUUUCCAUUUUCCUGACUCAUUUUCCUCUGGGUUGCAUUUUCUUUGCCAUUUCAUGAAGCUUGGAGGCUAUCUGAAGAUGCCUGUCCAAAAAUUUUCCUCAAAAAUAUUCCUGUAAGCUCAGAUUUCGUGGUAGGACGGAUUUGCUAGAACCGGGUUGGUCCGACUGCACAUUCAUGACUGUAACUGCCUUAUACCCUCCCUUGUAUCCCUCUUGUCGUUCAGACUCUAUUGUAAUAAUUUUCUUGUAGACUCUUGGAGGGUAAUUUUUUCACUUCACUCACUUUCUGGCCCUAAAUGUAGUGUGUUUGUGUGACAAAAGAGGCCGAAGAACUGCUGUUGUUUGGCAAGUCUUGUGUUUUCUUUUCCUCCAAUUCGAAGCUCCUUCGUCUGCCGUUGUGUGCUCCUCACUACCCAGGCUUCGAUCGACACCGCAGCAUUUCAUUGUUGAUCCGAUCGUCAAACUGUGUGCCCACCGAAAUGUGCUCAAAAAAUUUCUUCCUGUGAAUUUAAAAUUUACGAAUGAAAUAAAAAAAAAGUCGUGAAAGAUUUUUUCUUAAUCAUUUUUUAGUGAAUUUCGUGAAAAACAAGUAAAUUGGAAUAAAUAUGGAUCUCAGAUGUGAUGAAGUCGUUGGCGGGAGGAUUGAUUCGAAUUUUGCACAAAUUGAUCCGACAAUGAGCAGAGAUCCACGAGUUUUGCAGAAUCUUCUUCAAUUGGAGUGUACAACGAUCCCCAAUAUGGAUUACUUCAAAACCUUCCAAACAGAUCUUAAACCCUUCAUGAGAAAGUUCGUUGCAAUUUGGAUGCUGGAGCUUUGCGAUGAACAACAUUGCGAAGAGCAAGUUUUCCCACUUGCCAUCAAUUUCUUGGAUAGAUUUCUCUGUGUCUGCAACAUUUCGCGGCAGCAACUCCAACUCCUUGGCGCCACGUGCCUCCUCCUGGCAUCGAAGGUACGUCAAUGCCUCCCCCUACCCGUGGAUCUCCUCUGUGCCUACACAGAUCACACUGUAACCCCGGAUCAAAUCAGGAAUUGGGAGCUGUUAGUUCUUGCAUCACUUCAGUGGAAUUUGAGUGCCAUCACGGGCUUCGACUACAUCGACCACAUCCUUCAGCGCGUUCCCUGGGGCUCUGAAAAUCCCCACAUUAGGACACACGCCCACACCCUCGUCUCCGUGUGUCUCACAGAGCUGGUGUUUAUGCGAACACCACCGUCCGUUCUUGCGGCCGCCUGCAUUUGUGCAGCGACGCGUGGCAUCAAUUCCCCCUCCGCCCGCCUCGCCCUCGGCGACCUUGUGCGCCUCACGCGCGUCGACCCCGUCGAAGUUGAGAUCUCCGUGCGACACAUCGAGGCUAUUGUGGCCAAACAGGCGGCCGCCAUGCAGAAACAGCAGCAGAUCACGUUAAAGGCUCAAUAUCCCGUCCUACCCGCCAAAUGCGCCAUCGAAGUGUACCAAACGGAAUCUGGGUCAGAUUUUCAAGGAGUUGGCUACUACUGACCCAACUAAAUGGAUAUACUAGAAAAUAUUUUAUAAAAAUAUUUCCAGAGCAAACGAGCAGGAAACCUUUGUAAAUCCUUAAGAUUUUUAAAGUAAGUGUUCGUUAUUUUAACGUUUCAGUGUUAAGACUUUGAAUUUUUGUAAUUCCCACCCUUAUCCAGUUAAGUUAAUUUAAUAUUGAAAAGAAAGAAGUAUUACAAAUUGAUCUCUUUAUUAUAUAAAAUUUUUAUGUACAAUUUCUAUAGAUUUUUAUAUAUUUUUGUGUAAAAUUAAUUUAGUUAAUGUUAAGUGUGAAAAAAGAGUUUAUAUUGAUGAUUGCAACAUUAUAAAAUGAUAAAUUUUGCGGUAUUUUGUAGUUCAAAAACUAAUUAAAUUAAUUUCAGAUACCUAUAUUUUAAAACUUAAAAAAAAGUUUAAAUAAAACAAUUUCGUUAUAAAAUAUUUCAAAUGCUCCAUUUUAUACUGUUGCACAAGAGACACAUUCAGACUUUUAUGAAAAUUUUUUUAAGAGAUUUUCUUUAAUGACGAAUAAGUUAAAAUAUUCAUGAUAUUAGAAAAAUUAACAAAAAGUUAGAAAAAUUGGCUCAAUUUGGAAAAUUAGUUGAAUUGGAUAUAAAGUUAUUAUUGUCAUUCAAAUUGGCUUGAAAUAGUUAAAUUUUUGUUCGUUUAAAAUACUGAAAAGUAUUAAUAAAAAAAAAUUAGGAAAAAACCUUAAAAAACGCUAAAAGAAACUUAAGAUCAAAAUUGAUAGAAUUUUUUCCACUCUUUCUAAAUAAAAUAGAACAAUAUCCUAAGAGAUUUUAGAACUAAUAAUUGAAAAAAAAAACUAAUAAAUAUACCUAUAAAAGGUU